AGCGGCGCCGGGCCGGGGGGGCGCCCCGCGUCGCUGUCACCAUUGCUGGGGCCUGGAGCGCCGGAGAGCUGCUCUCUCCGCCUCCGCCUCGCUCGCCUCAAAGACGGCGGCGGCGGCGGCACCACCCUCAGGGACUCGGCCCGGCUCCGGACCCUCCCUGCUCGGCCGCCGCCGCCGCUGCUCCCGCCCCACUCGGCGCAGCGGCGGCAGGAGGAGGAGGGGGCAGCCGCCGAGAGCCGCCACCGCUGCGGGGGGGAGGCGUACCCGUCUGGGGCUGAGCCGCCAGUGCAGCAGGCCCCGAGCACGGGGCCUCCCGGCGGCCGCCGGCCCGCCGCCACCUCUCGGCCCUGCGCCCCGCCGCCUCCGCCCAGCCCCUGCGCGCUGUCCCGGAGCGGCCCCCGGCUGCCAGACAUGACCGCCAUCAUCAAAGAGAUCGUCAGCAGGAACAAAAGGCGAUACCAGGAGGAUGGCUUCGACCUGGACCUGACCUAUAUUUAUCCAAAUAUAAUUGCUAUGGGUUUUCCUGCGGAGAGGCUUGAAGGAGUGUACCGGAACAACAUUGAUGAUGUAGUAAGGUUUUUGGAUUCAAAGCAUAAAAACCAUUACAAGAUAUACAAUCUAUGUGCUGAAAGACAUUAUGACACCGCCAAAUUUAACUGCAGAGUUGCACAGUACCCUUUUGAAGAUCAUAACCCACCACAGCUAGAGCUUAUCAAACCUUUUUGUGAAGAUCUUGACCAAUGGCUAAGUGAAGAUGACAAUCAUGUUGCAGCAAUCCACUGUAAAGCUGGAAAGGGACGAACUGGAGUUAUGAUAUGUGCAUAUUUGUUGCAUCGAGGCAAGUUUUUAAAGGCUCAAGAAGCCCUAGAUUUCUAUGGGGAAGUAAGGACCAGAGAUAAGAAGGGAGUAACAAUUCCCAGUCAGAGGCGCUAUGUGUACUAUUAUAGCUACCUGCUAAAGAAUCACCUGGAUUACAGACCAGUGGCUCUGCUGUUUCACAAGAUGAUGUUUGAAACAAUUCCCAUGUUCAGUGGCGGAACUUGCAAUCCUCAGUUUGUGGUGUACCAGCUAAAGGUAAAGAUAUUCACCUCCCCUUCAGGACCCUCAAGACGUGAAGACAAAUAUAUGUACUUUGAAUUCCCUCAACCUUUGCCAGUAUGCGGUGAUAUCAAAGUGGAAUUUUUCCACAAACAGAACAAGAUGUUGAAAAAGGACAAAAUGUUUCACUUUUGGGUAAAUACAUUCUUCAUAGGACUGGAUGAAAAUUCAGACAAAGUAGAAAAUGGAAGUCUAGUUGCAGAUCAGGAACUUGAUGGUAUUUUCAGUACAGAGCGCUCAGAUAAUGAUAAGGAAUAUUUAAUCCUUACAUUAACAAAAAAUGAUCUAGACAAAGCAAAUAAAGACAAAGCCAACAGAUAUUUCUCUCCAAACUUCAAGGUGAAGCUAUUUUUCACAAAAACGGUAGAAGAACCAUCAAAUCCAGAGGCUAGCAGUUCAACUUCUGUAACACCAGAUGUUAGUGACAAUGAACCUGAUCAUUAUAGAUAUUCUGACACCACUGACUCUGAUCCAGAGAAUGAACCUUUUGAUGAAGAUCAGCAUACACAGAUUACAAAAGUCUGAAUAUUUUUUUUAUCAGAGAUAAAAAAAAAUACACAAAAAAAAAACCAACCACGAAGAGACAAACUUGAACAAACUGAAAAAAAGGACCUUUUUAAAUGGCAAAAGGACAUAGUGUCAGAUUUCCAAUUACAGGAACAAUUCUUUUCUGACCAAUCUUGUUUUGCCCUAUAAAUCUACAGGGUUUGACACUUGUCCAGUUGAGGAAAAAAAAAGGUUACGUAACUGAUAUGUAUAUACCUUUUUGUGUCAAAAGGACAUUAAAACUUAAAUUAGGAACUAUAAACAUGGCACUUUCCCAUUUUAUUCCUGUUUUAUAAAAGUGGAGACAGACCUAGUGUGUAUACGUAGGAAUUUUUCCUUUUGUGUUCUGUCACCAAAUGAAGUUUCGAAAAUAUACAGGUUCACAUCCUGCCUCUUUUUUUGCACUUGUGUGGCAACAGAAAUGUCUGCAGUUGGCUAAGACAUGUUUCUAGAAGGUUUUGCUACAUUCUAAUGCAUGUAUUUUGGAUGGGAGAUGAAAAGUAAUGCUCAGAAAGGAAUACAGUCUGCUGGAGCUUGGUCUGUGUACCAUACCCCAGCUAUUUACAGGCACCUUUCUUUAGCAUGCUACAGUAAUUCAUCCUGGACAAUUGAAGAGUCGCCGCUGUCACUGCUUGUUGUUUGUGCAUUUUAAUUUUUUUCAGUGUAAUGGUGCUAGAAAAGGCAGCUAGAGGGAGUGAUUCUGUAUAGGGGUACAGGAAUGAACCUUCACACCAUCCUAAAGACCCACAUUUGUGGGAAGGGAGAAAAAUUAUUGGAGUUACAGAGAGGAAACACAGCAACAAUGACUUAACCAUACAAAUGUGGAGGCUAUCAACUAAAACAUGGGCUUGAAACAAAUUGUUACAAAAAUUUGACAAUGAUGUAUUGUUUUAUUUCUGAAUUGUAGUGGCUGCUCCAUCUCCUGUGUAAUCAAGGCCAGUGCUAAAAGUCAGAUGCUAUUAGUGCAUAUAUCAGUCAACAUCUUACAUUUAUGUUAUUAGUUUUACAAUCAUAUUCCUGCUGUGAAUACUUCAUGUGCUGCCUUGCAAGCUUUUUUCUCAUUAAUACAAAAAUAUUUUGUAAUGGUGCACAGGAACUUUCAAUUGGAGAUUUUCCAGGUUAGUGUUUGUUUUGAAGAUUUAUGAUGGAUGCAUUUAUUCAAUCAAACCCCUGUCAACCGUUUCACCCCUUUGACCUUACACAUUCUACUACAAUGAGUUUUGCAGUUUUGCACACUUUUUAAAAAAAAAUGUCAUUAACUGUUAGGGAAUUUUACUUGAAUAUUCAGUACCUACGGUGUUUUUAAAACAGACAUGACACACACAGAGGAAACCAGUGUUGAAGUAAAUUCUCUACACUGCCUGUAUAUGAAGAUGUGUACUUUACAAAAAGCAGAGCUUGUCCCAAAUACAUUGUUUGCUAUUAAAAAAGAAAACCAAACCACCCAGCAAAUUUGAUUUCUAAACUGGCAGUGUGGUAUUUGUUUGUAGGUAUGUAGCCAGGAAUAGAGCUUGAGAUUGAUUCACUUUUGAUACAUAAUUUUCAUGCCCAGACUGCAGAUGAGUUAAGAGUACAACUACUGCUGCAUACAAAUGUGAAGUGGCUGACAAAGUUGUUCUCUCUAAAGUCCCCAAAUUGACACUUUUUUUAGCAUGUAAUACACCCCCCAUCCCUCUAAUUAACUUAUUGGUGCUGACAUUGAAGUUCAUUAGCUGUGUUCUCACCUAGGUAACAACUGUGUAUGGAAUCUGUAAGGGCCCUGUACAACAGCAUUAAUGGGAAGAAUUUGAAUGAGACAAGGCAGGACUUCAGUAACAACUAUUGGUAAACUAAGGUAUAAAGUGCAUUUCCUGGUAUCUCUUGGUCAGUUUUGCUCAUCAUAUUCAUGAUUCUAACUUCUAAUAAAGCUCAUAAAUGUUUUCUGACUUACAGGUUUAAUAAGACUUUAAUAUCUUAAUGGAUCAUGAUUGCUGGUUCCAAUGCUCAUUAUUCCCACUGUUACUGAUGAGCGUGGUAGCUUGGGACGUGACGUUUAACUCUUACCCUCUGAACCAUGUUUCACCCUGUCUGUUCUUUAACAGUUGAAAGUUGUGCUGGCUAAUAAACAAAAAUGUUCCUGCUUUAGAAGUACUCAGAUAUUGACAUUGCUGCAUGUCCCACUUUGGAUAAUAAAAAUUGGAUUGGUGUGGUUCCAGUAUGUAACACUGAGGGCCAGAUUGGAAAUCAUGAUGUGAUGGGCUUUUGCACUGUUAUUUUUCCUUUAGAAUGUGAAGGUUGGAAUGAGGGUUUUGAUUUUUUCGAAUGUUCAGAUGUCUUUGAGAAGCCUUGCUUGCAUUUUAUGGUGUAGUCAUUGGAAAUGGAAAAAUGGCAUUAUAUAUAUAUUAUAUAUAUAUAAAUAUAUAUUAUACAUACUCUCCUAUACUUUAUUUCAGUUACCACCCCCAUAGAAGUUGACAAGAAUUGCUAUGACCGAAAUGUUUUUGAGUCCUUAUUACAACUUUAUUUAUGACAUAGCUUGAACUGCAUUCUGUAGGUAAUCUUUGCUUGAGUUUCUGGACUGUAUGCUUAAACCUUUUUAGAUGUGUGACAGCUUACAUGUCUGAAACUGCUUGAAGGAAUCACUUUGGUAAGAGCAUCCCCAUGUCAUUGGUAGCCGCACUCAAAAUAUUUGCCACAGCUGUUAAAGGGCAGUUGUGUAAACAGCAUUCAGAUUUCAUUCCUGUGGCACACAGUGUAAACUAAGUGGAGUUUACAUGCAGCAUCAAACGUUUCAGCUUUCAAAAAAAAAAAAAACAAAAAAAAUAGGAUGCUAGUGUGCAAGUUCCAUGUUUAGUCCUAGCAAAUGUGUGCAAUAUGUUAACGAUGCCUGUGGUUGCCACAAAGUGCCUCGUUUACCUUUUAAAUACUGUUAGAAAGUGUCAUGCAUGCAGAUGGAUGGCGUGGUACUGUGCACUAAAAGGGGCUCCAACUUCAGUGUUUGGCAGAGCUACCUUUCUCUGCCCAUUCAAAUUUUCAGUCUGUUUUCAUAUAGCAUAUAUAUGUAGAUAGAUACUAAAAGAAAAAAAAAUCAGUCUGUUAAGCAGCCUUACUCUGAUUCAGCCUCUUCAAAUACUAUUGUGCUGUGCAACAGUGGCUCUGUGUGUAAUGCUAUGCACUGAGAAUA